AUGGAUGUGCUCAAGCUUGAGUUUGUGUUCGCCAUUUGCUGUGCUUGUGUAACGUUGUCCCAAGUUUAUGGUUCUCAGGAACAAGGUUGUGAGACUGCCAGCACGGACACCGUAAAACGGUACCGCUGGGAGCUGCGCCGCCUGGCGGGGUCACGCUUCACGUUUGAAGUGCAGGCCGAUCACAGCGUCCAUGUCGCGCUCUCAGCCCAGAGACAGAACCUGGGGGACAUGUAUGAAAUCGUCAUCGGUGGCUGGAGUAACGGACAGUCUGUCAUACGCCGCAGCAUGCGAGGCCACAGCCAUGCGGUGGAAUCGACACCUGGUAUCAACUCCCCGACAGAGUACAGAACCUUCUGGAUAACCUGGUCUUCAGACGGAACCAUUGCUGUUGGAAGGGGUGGCGAAACUCAGCCGUUCAUGCAGUGGAGGGACCCUGACCCGCUACCCAUCGCCUAUGCAGGAUACUCCACAGGGUGGGGAAGUACUGGACGGUGGAAGUUCUGCCACGCCGCGGAGAUUGCAGACAUUGACGAAUGUGCAACAGAUAACGGUGGGUGUGCUCACAACUGCAGCAAUGUCCCAGGAAGUUACAACUGUUCCUGCCGACAGGGCUAUGUGUUAAAGAUAGACAAGCAUAGCUGUGGAGCUAACCGUGUUGCAUUCUUGUUGACGACAGACACAGAUGAGUGUGCGGUCUCUAAUGGAGGAUGUGAGCAGACCUGCACCAACACUCCCGGUGGGUUCCUGUGUUCCUGUCAACACGGCUACACACUGAACCGGGAUGGUCUGGCUUAUGUAAACGAGUGCGAAGUGAGCCCAGGAAUCUGUGGUGGACGUGAUGUUGGAUGCGUCAAUUUGAACGGAAGCUAUGACUGCAAAUGUUUGCCAGGCUUCAGCAUGGGAGCAGGAUGUGAAGAUGUCGAUGAGUGCUCCGGGAGGCACACCUGUUCAGAGAACGCCUUCUGUGUGAACCAGCCAGGGUCGUACUACUGUGUCUGCCUGGACGGGUUUACAGGGAACGGUACAACAUGCGCAGGUAACGCCGCUUUACCCCAACAUCCUAAAUGA